CGAGCUAAAAGAGAUGAAUAAAAAAGAAACCAAAACGAGCGGAGAAAAGGCCGCAAAGGACCCGAAAGUUCAGGAGAGAUAAGCAGGCAGCGGCAGUGACGUCUCCGGUCCGGGCAGCGUACUCAACAGACUGGUGGUCAAAAUUUAUUAACUUUUUUUUUUUUUUUGAAAAAAGAGAGAUUCCAUUUCAAUCCUACAAAAAUCAAUAAUGAUUUUCCAUGAAAACCACCACCUCCAGUUUCUAUAGUAUUGGCUAUUCCCCUACUCUGGUACUGCUAUUUUCGCCCUGUCCAUAAAAAUAAAAUACAAAAGGACAAUUAAAAAACAAAUAAAAACAAACCAAUCUUGAAGGAGAGAAACAGAAAGCGUACAGAUAGAUGGAUCUAGUUGUAGUCAGUGAGACGAGAGAUCUUUAAUAUCAUCCUCAAUUCCUUCUCUUCCUCUUUUUCCUUUCUGGACUUUCCUGACAGGAGAGGGACCUCCAAUUCAUCUUUUUCUGAUGGAGGAUGUAAAGGUUGCUGAAGUUAUGCCUCCUCCAGAUUCGUCUGCAUCCUCCCAAGAUAAUCAGCAUUCUCAUGAGGAAGGCUUGAUAAACCCAGUUACUAAUGGGAAGGUAGAGUCUGACAAUAAGUUAUCAGUAGUGGAACAUUCUAUUUCCGAACCUAUCCCUGAUGAUUUUGAUACACUUAUUCUGGUCCAAGAUCAGCCUCUCGCAGCAGAAAAUUCAGGAAUUGAACCUUUACCAACAGAUAUUAUGGUAGCAACUUCAACAGCUGACAUAAUAGAGACGGAUUAUCCGGGUAUGGUCAAGGAAGGUUCAAAAACUGCAAUGCAAGAUAUCUCUAAUGGAGAUAAAAUUGAAACUAUUGAAGUAUCCUCAAAGGGACAACAUUACCAACAGAAAACGGAGGCUGUUCCAGGUUCUGCUGAUGGAUUGCUAUUGCAAGAAAAAACUGAACCCCUGCAAAAUUCCUCUGACAUACAGCAAACUCAAGAAACUUCUUUCACUGAUAGUCCUCACAUUCACAUCGACAACACACCUAUUGCUUCCUCUCCUGUAGAGAGCUCCCAAUCCAAUGAGCUUGAUCUGCCCCACAUAAAGGUCAGAGCGGAAACAAAUGAACCUACCUCUGCCUCUCCAUAUGCAAUGCUUGCCAGUCAAAUUCUCAGAACACCAUUAUCUAUCAAUUCACCUGGAGAUGUUAAGCAGGGUGACAUAAGCAUAGGUCUUAUUGAUACAGCAGCACCUUUUGAAUCUGUUAAAGCAGCUGUUUCCAAGUUUGGAGGAAUUGUAGAUUGGAAAGCCCACAAAAUCCAAACUGUUGAGAGACGCAAGCUUGUGGAACAGGAGCUAGACAAGGUACAGGAGGAAAUGCCCCGGUACAGGAAACAGUCAGAGGAUGCUGAACUGGCAAAAACACAAGUCCUUAAGGAGCUGGACAACACUAAAAGAAUUAUUGAAGAGCUGAAGCUCAGUCUGGAGAGGGCACAGAUGGAAGAGCAUCAGGCAAAACAAGACUCUGAGCUUGCCAAGCUGAGGGUAGAAGAACUGGAACAAGGGAUUGCUGAUGAGGCUAGUGUUGCUGCAAAAGCACAGCUUGAGGUUGCUAAAGCCAGGCAUGCAGCUGCAGUUUCAGAACUGAAAUCUGUUAACGAUGAACUAGAGACACUGAAAAAGGAAUAUGCUUCUUUGGUCGCCGAGAAAUAUGAAGCUGUUAAGAAAGCAGAAGAGACUAUUUCUGCAUCCAAGGAAAUUGAGAAGACAGUGGAGGAACUUACUAUUGAGCUGAUUGCUACAAAGGAAUCCUUAGAAUCUGCUCAUACUGCCCAUCUGGAGGCAGAGGAGCAAAGAAUAGGAGCAGCCAUGGCCAGGGAGCAAGAUUCUCUUUUUUGGGAAAAGGAAUUGAAGCAGGCGGAAGAGGAGCUCCAGAAACUUAACCAACAUAUUCUUUCAGCAAAAGAUCUCAAAUCAGAAUUAGAAACUGCUUCAGCUUUGCUACUUGAUCUAAAAGUAGACCUAGCAGCUUUUAUGGAAUCCAAAUUGAAGGAGGAAACUGAUCAAGGAAACAUGAUAGCUGAGCAGGAGGAACUAGAAAAGAGAACUCACGCUGACAUAGAGCUAGCAAAGAAGGAACUCGAAGAAGUGAAGCUUAACAUAGACAGAGCAACUGAUGAAGUGAGUUGCUUGAAGAUGGCUGCCGCUUCAUUGCAAUCAGAGCUUGAAAAAGAAAAAACAUCUCUUGCUACUUUGAGGCAGAGAGAAGGUAUGGCAUCAGUCGCAGUUGCUUCUCUUGAAGCUGAGCUGGAUAGUACUACGUCAGAGAUAGAUUUGGUUCAGAUUAAGGAGAAAGAAGCAAAGGAGAAGAUGGUUGAGUUUCCUAAGCAACUACAGCAAGCAGCAAAAGCAGCUGAUGAGGCCAAGCAACUGGCUCAAAUAGCUCGUGAAGAGCUGCGCAAGGCAAAGGAAGAAGCAGAACAAGCAAAGGCUGGAGCAAGUACAAUGGAGAGGAGGCUACAUGCAGCACAAAAAGAGAUAGAAGCUUCCAAGGCUUCUGAAAAACUGGCUUUAGCGGCCAUUAGAGCAUUGCAAGAAAGUGAAUCAGCUCAAAGCACCAAGGAUAUAGAUUCGUCUGAUAUAACACUUUCUUUAGAAGAGUACUAUGAGUUGAGUAAACGCGCUCAUGAGGCAGAGGAGCAGGCCAACACAAGGGUGGCAGCUGCAAUUUCUCAAAUUGAGGUUGCCAAGGAGUCUGAGUUGAAGACUGCAGAGAAGUUGGAAGAAGUGAAUAAAGAGAUGGCUGCAAGAAAGGAAGCAUUAAAAAGUGCAAUGAUGAAGGCUGAGAAAGCCAAGGAAGGGAAACUGGCUGUAGAACAAGAGUUGAGGAAGUGGAGGGCUGAACAUGAGCAAAAACGAAGGACUGGUGAACCUGGUCAAAGAGUUGCUGCUGCUGUUAAAACUCCAAGUGCAAGCUUUGAGGACGGGAAGGGAUCUAAUAACUUUGUCAAGGUAACAAAUGCCUCAGUUGAGUACGAGUCGAGUCAUAAAGCACAGUUGUAUGGAAGUGACACUGAAACUGAAUCCUCCCCGGAAGCAAAGGCUCAAAAGAAGAAAAAGAAAACUUACUUCCCACGGUUUUUAAUGUUUUUAACAAGGAAAAAAACACACACCUCCAAGACAGGGUAAGAAUUAUGUGAGUCCAGAAGAGAAGCAUUGCUUUAGCUGUGUUUUUUUUCCUUUGGUUUGUGGGCAUUUACCGUCACAUUACAUUGAGCAUAACACUAUGGAUAUGAUCAUACAGAGAUUUUUUUUUUCUCUAAUGUAAAUGUAGGUUAUUAAUUUGUGUAUGAUAAGUUAGUUGCAUUAUUUUUUCCCCUCUCAUAUGAGAAAUGAGUGGCUAGCUUUGGUAAAGAUGGUUCGAUAUUCUAGUGUUUGACAGGGGAAGGACAGAAAUUAAGUUGUUUCUGUAAUGUAUAGUUUUGCAACAUUCGGACUUGAAAACCUUUGUAAAGGUGUGAAAUUGGUUAAAUUUAAAGAUUUUGGUUUUUCA